AUGUCUCUUCGGUGCCGGGUGCAAGAUACCUACCGAUGCGACCAGCUCGUAAGCCACUGGAAUCCAUCGCGCGUGUCAGAUUUCAAUGCCGAACCAGACGGAAAACGGGGAACGGCAAUCGGAAUACCGUCGUUUAUUAGUUCCCCGACUUUUCACUAUGGCUCGUCAGGCAAGGGUGUAGGGAGACCGGACAAAAGCUUUGUUCCGAACCUUGACAUGCAUGUGCAGCAUAACUCUUGUCCACAUACAUCCUUCGACGUCACCAAUUUGGAAGCUGAUUCGAGAAACCCUCACUUUGUAUUGAUGCUUGUCCGGAGUGUACCGGAUUGA